CAGUGAAGAGAGAGCUCUUUUCCUUGCUACAAAAAAAAGCUUGUGCAGGGCUUCGUACUUCCUUUUGCUGAAGUUCAUGAGGUUCCCGUUGAGGUCGCCCUGGUGUUUCAGCCACUCACCCCAGUUUGGUGACAUCAGCUGACGUGGUGAGGGUGCCCUGCCACAUCAUCCAGAUCAUUAAUGAAGAUGUUUAACAGGACUGGACAGUCCUGACCCUGGGAUACACUGCUACUGCCUGACCUCCAGCAAACCCUAAGAGCAUCAAACUUAGAAAGCAGUACAUGGUAAUUCCAUCACCUUCUGGCCAUCCCAAUGAUGAAAUCAGAAGCUAAGGAUGGAGAAGAGGAAAGCCUGCAGACAGCAUUCAAAAAGCUGAGAGUUGACACAGCUGGAUGCACCACUUCUCUCUCUGUGGGUGAUGGGACAAGUCCCAGAGCAAUCGUUAGAGCAGUGGCAGAUGACAGCAAACCUAAGAAUGUGUGUGCUCCUAAGGAAACCUGGCAUGGGUCUGUGAAGAAGCCCUUGAGAGGAGCUGUGAGAACCCAGCGUCGCAGGCGUUCCAAGUCUCCAAUUCUUCAUCCUCCAAAGUUUAUUCAUUGCAGCACAAAGUCACACUCCACAUGCAGCCAGCUGGUGCAGAAGAGCCAGGCUGAUGCCCAGGAGGACAGCAGUGGGUUUGGGAUGCCAGUCCCAAAGGAAGCUUGUGCACACGAACGCUGCAGUGUCGCUCCGGACGUUGGCCAGAAGGGAACUGAUGAGUCUUUGGGAGUUUGUGCUGCACAGUUGACAUCGGAGAUUGCACAGGAGAACUCUCCAGCUGCAGCUUCUGCAGCAUCCAAAACGAGCUUAAAGUCUACAGAGCUUUCUGACUUCCAGUCUAUGUCCAGGCUGAACACGAGUGAGCCGUGUGCUUGUGCAGAUAAGGCCUGUCAGUGCAAACUGUGGCGAGAUAUGGAAGUGUACAAAUUCUCUGGCCUGCAGAGCACCCUCCCACUGGCACCUGAUAGAACGGUUUCUGAGGAUCACUCCCAGCCUUUGCCAUCAAGAACUCCCUCAAGUUCUCCACGCUCUUGCUCUGAGCAAGCCAGGGCCUUUGUGGAUGAUGUGACAAUUGAAGAUCUUUCGGGAUACAUGGAGUAUUACUUGUAUAUUCCAAAGAAAAUGUCUCACAUGGCAGAAAUGAUGUACACCUGACAGCAACGAGCCUUAAACCAGAAGGGUGGCUGGUUUAAAUCUGCCCUCAGGCACAUCAUGUGAAUAUGCAACCCACUCUCUGCUCACUGUGCUUGCAAUAAAAACACUUCUUUGCAUCUCA